CGGAAUACAUCGGUAGCUUCGGCAGCCGACAUGCCGGCUCGUACUUCUCGCAUUCAAGCUAGAGGACUAAGCGCUCACUAGGUCUCUCGUGACUCUACCAUCGAAGAUCAUACAAUGAUCUGGAGUUGAUCGCAUAAAGGGCGCACUGUCGCGAGGGCCAACUCUUAAAAUCUAGCAUCGGAGCACAUAGUUACUUUCUGAACAAGUUUUACAACCAAGAAACAAGGAAAGAGAUGGCAAAUUUCGAAACGAAGCUCAAGGAAGCUACGGCAGGCGAGAAGCCGGGGAUUUUGGGCGUUAUUGCCCUUGCGAUUGAUCGAGAUGGGAAAGCCAUACUCUCCCAGGCUGCCGGCAAGACUGACAUCGACCCUGUCAAGUCUACCUCCAUCGACAAAGACUCCGUCCUCGGUCUAGCCAGCUGCACCAAGCUAAUCACCGCUAUCGCUGCUCUGCGUCUCGUUGAGCAGGGAAAACUGAACCUCGAUGACCCAUCGAUCAUCGAGAAACACCUCCCUGGACUAUGGCAACUAGACAUCAUCACCUCCUUACCAGGCCAGCCUCUCACGUACGAAAACCGCACCAAACCUCUUACAGCUCGCCACCUUCUCACGCACACCUCCGGCUCAGGGUACGAUUUCCUCGACCCGCGGCUGCUUCAGUGGAGGAAGCAGAGAGGCGAAGGACCGCAGCACUUGACUGGAAUUAUACCAGACGCUCUGGCUCUACCCUCCCUCUUCCAGCCCGGCGAGGGCUGGACGUAUGGAAGCGGAAUGGACUGGGUCGGCGUCCUUGUAUCUCUCAUAUCCGGCGUAACCCUGGGCGAGUAUAUGCGCAAAGAGAUCUUCGACAUCGUAGGCUGCAAUCACCAGAUCGGAUUCCGCCGACAAGAAAUCGAGAAAGCAGGCGGAACCAUCGUGCAGGUUGCAACACGCGGCCCGGAUGGAGAUCUGUCUGAGCAUACUGUGCCUGAGCAGACGAGCGAGCGGGGCGGAGGAGGCCUUUGGUCCAGCGCGGAGAACUUCACAAAGAUACUUGCAGACCUCAUCGCGCCGGAGCCGAAGCUCUUGAGUUCUGAGAUGCUGGACGUCCUCUUCGCUGCUCAGCUCAGCUCGAGCCCUAACGCACUUGCAUCGCUGCGUCGGCAAGUUCCCUUGUUCGCAGGCAUGACGGGCCCGUUGACAUCUUCUGUCUCUGACGAGGCGAUUAAUCAUGCGUUGGGUGGCUUGUUGAUUACAGAGGAUAGUGAGAUUCUGGGCAAAAUUAAAGGUACGAUGGUGUGGGGUGGGGGCUUCGGUUCUUUGUGGUUUGUGAACAGGGAGAAGGGUGUUGCGGCGUUUUAUGGGGGGAGUAUGUUUCCACCUGGCCUGGGGCUGAAUAGUGAGUUAAUGGGGGAGUUUGUCAGAGCAGUCUGGGGGAAGGCUGGCGGGGUGUAGGUGGGAGAGUUAGGCAUGACAGUAGUUACAACUACUGACGCGCUGUGAAGCUGAUAGGAAAUUGGAACAAGACUGCAGUGCGCUAUUAAAUGAAUUAUACACGUCUUUGAAAGGUCUUUACAUUGUUCCAUCUUUGCGGUAGCACAGGAGGUUGGGGAUCGAGGGACGCUGAUG